ACGACAGCUGACCUAAUCGGUGUUGGGCGGGUUGGCUGUGUGAUGCGCUAUGGGGAUGUCGCAGUGAAGACCGCAAAUAAAUGGUCAGUGCCUGACAAUGCAUCGGAAUACACAACCCUUAUCUACCAGCAGAUGAACAGGACAAAUGAGGAGGCCCUGAAUCACGAGGGCCGCAUCUAUCGACAUCUUGCUCAUGUGGAAGGCGUUCUGAAACCGUUGGAGAUCUCCGAUACAGAAAUCCGGAUGCCGUAUGUAAGCUACAGGUCUCUCGACAGGUACCUGAGUGCGAAUGCGGCCAUUGUAAAUAACACCCAACACUUGCGGUGGUUUCGAAAUGCAGCAGAAAUCAUCUUCAGAGUACACAGACAGCGGGUUCUUAUUGCCGAUAUCGCAGCACGGAAUUUCCUCGUCAACGCAGAUCUAUCGCUCCAGUUAUGUGAUUUCUCCGAAUCAGUCAUCAUUCCGGUAGAACAUGCUCUGGACGAGUUCAUCUCGGAAGACUCUCUUUCUAUGAAGUCUGAUAUUGCUCGAUUUGGGUCCAUGUUGUAUGAGAUCGUCUCUGGACGUCGUUAUGAAUUCUAUGUGACAUCUGAGAUUGAAGCCGACUUGGACGAUGGCGAAUCAAAGACAUACAGACAAUGGCCGACGAGCGAGAAGUUUCCGGACACGACAGAUGUGUUCUUGGGUGAUGUUAUUCGGAAGUGCUGGCUUAGGGAUGGGUUUUGCAGUAUGGAUGAUGUCUGCGUUGCUUUGUAUUGCGCACAUGUUCCUGGUGAAGAAGAAACCGAUGCGAUGCU